AGCUUGCAGGGGAAGGGGUGGAAUUAACCGGCUCUCCCUGUUACCUUUGGCAUGGGCAUAGCGGGCCGAGUGGCCUCCUUGCCUGCUGUUUAAUCCCAGGCAUUAAUUGCACCCAGUGCUGUUUCUGUUGGCUUUGUUACUGUCGAGGAAAAUUUCCAAGGCGUGGGAAGCAAAGGGAUGGAAUCGGUCAAAACUUGUUUUAUAAACAAAAUCUAACAUGGCUUCUGGAACUAGUCAAGCUAUUUCUUCAGAAGAGCUUCGGAGAAGACUUUAUCAGACGUUCAAAAAUCGAGGUGUCUUAGAUUCUUUAAAGUCUCAGCUUCGAAAUCAGCUUGUUCAUGAACUAACUCGCCCUGAUUUAAAUGGACGUUUACUUCCACGUGGCCAUCGUCAUCAACGUCCUUCUACAGAUGAAGAUUCUCUAUUGAUUAUGGCUGCAAAUAGUAUGGUAGCAGAUCACUUGAGCAGCACAGGAUAUGAGUACUCACUGUCUGUCUUCUAUCCAGAAUGUGGCUUAGAAAAGGAGAAGGUAUUUACAGCAAGAGAUCUCCUACAGAUCAUGAAAAUCAGCUCAAGAUCAGACCUUUACAAGUCCAUUAUCUCAAAUCUUCAAAAGGACCAUCAAAAAGGAUUUCUUAUUGAAUUCCUGAAGGAACUGAGUGAUCAUCACCUAACGAGGGACUAUCGAGAUGCAGAGAUUCAGACCAACUGUGUUCCACAGUAUAAGGAAUCUAUUGUUGAUAAGCUUCAAAUGAUUGACGAAGAGUAUGCAGCGUUUCAACCUGCAAACAUGCAAGAGGACUUCUGGGAAACAAGACUGCUUAAAUAUCGCAAACAAAUAGAAGAACAGCUUCAAGCAGAACUGCAGCAAGAGUUACAGAAUUUUAAGGAUGCAGAAUUGGCUAAAAUUAAGAUUCAGGAGAAAGAACGGUCAAGGAAAGACAUAGAAGACCACAGACUGAAACUAGAUAAAAUGUACCAAUUGAAAGCUGAAGCAUUGAUCACACGAGAGAAGAAUGCUAUUGAGAGACUUCAGAAACAGAAGGAGGUUGAGGAAAAAGAAAUCUAUAUACAAAGACAAAGUUUAUUGAAAGACAUUGAAGCUCUGCGUAAUAGAGAAGUAGAACUUAGGCAACGAACUGAAGCCUUUGAAUUGACCCAGAAUUUGCAUGAACAGAAGAACAAGAAUGUAGAAGAUGGUCUCCAAAGACGGGAGCUGGCAGUGAAAAAUAUCGAGGAGACUUAUGAGCAAAAGCUUAAGAAUGAACUGUGCAAGUAUCAGCUUGAACUGCAAGAAGAUUAUCGAAAAAGAACUGAGAAAAUGGCAAUAAAUGAGAAAAGAAUUGAAGCAGAAACAGCUCGAUUACAUGAAGAAUCUCUUAUCAUACAUUCUAGUAAAAAGGAAUUUCAACAAACCCGUGCUCAAGUGAUGAAGUUAGAGGUUGAACUAGAUGAAGCUGAAGGCCAAGUUUGUUUGCUAAUGAAGCAGAAUGAAUUACUGAAUGAAAAGUUAAAGGACACAGCAGACUAUACAUCGUUAAAGACUGAAAAUGUACAGUUUCAGGCCGAGAUCAAACUGCUUCGGAAACAGUUGGAUGAAGCUCGUUGUGAAAAUCAGAAACUGUGUGAAAUGUUAAAUGAACCUUCUGCUGCACAUGUAGCACUUCAAGCUGAAUUGAAGAAAACAGAAUAUUCCAGAAAGCUUGAUCAGGAUGAAUAUCAAAGGCAAAAAGAAAUAUUAGAGCAACAGCUGCAGAAUGAGGUGGAGCGGUGUGCAUAUGUGAGAAGCCAACUUGUGGAAUUUGAGGAUCAAACCAGAAGGCUGAAUGGGCAAGUUGAUGAUUUGAAACUUCAACUGCGACAGACACAGUUGGCUUUAGAGAAUGAAGUGUACCGUAAUCCCAAACCCUCACUGGUUGAUCGGUCGGCCCUUGACCUCACUGCAAACAGAAUAGUACCUCCUGAUAUUUAUGUAGAUACUGGUUUACCCAGGAGCCGGGUAGUAUUUGAAGAACAACUCCUUUAUCCAGGUUCUGGUAUAGGUGCAAACUACUCCAAGUACAUCGGAACGCCAAGCUCUUCGUCGGAUUCAGACCAAGAUUUUGUAGCAGGAGCCAAGGCCCGAAUAAGAGAGCUAGAAAAGGAGUCCGAGAACCUAGAGGAAGCCUACAGAAACUACCAAAACAGAGUGAUUCAAGCUGCUAUUCAGAAAAGUUCAGAGAUUCGAGCUUUCUCCCCAAUGCCAGUUAACAGUAUUCUCAGUAAAAUUUCAUCCAGCCACCAACACAGAGUAACAUUUGCAGACUCUUUCCUAACUUCCAAACAGUCAGAGCCAACAAGACACCCAGUAUCUGAAGGAAGUCAUCAAUUAAUAAAUAAAAUUAAAGAUCACCAAACUCCCUCUGCAUGUAUGUUGACAUCCCCAAAAUAUAGCUCUUCAACACCUGUCAAACAGAAACCUGAAUAUGGCACGUGCGUGAAGACUUCAGAAGGUGAGGAUGGGUCAUUUCUGGUGUGUGUUGCCAAUGUAUCUGAACAUCAGACAUCAAUUACAACCAAUGAAGUACAAUCCUGUGUCUUUCCAGAUGUCAAUACUGCAAACUGUCCUUUAUCCAUCAUCUGUGAUGCUAAUGAAAGGUCAGAAAUUCAUCAGAUUGAUAAUCCUGUGUCUAUGCCUUCAACAAUUCCAAGGUUUGAAGAACCGCUUGAUCAACCAGAUAAUCAUUGUGAAAUCAUGCAAGAAGGCGUUUCAAUGCUUAACAAAUACUGGGAGGAAAAUGAGGAUAAAGGCUCUGUUUCUUCACUAGACCAAGAAAUAAUUUCCUCUCCAGCAGAUGCAUGUAAAUUGGAAUGGAUUGAAGAAGAGGGAAAAAGCAGAGAAGAGGAAGAAAGCGGAGAAGAAGAGGGAAAUCGAGGAAUAAAAGAAAACGAAUGGGGAGAUCAGAGACACAGGGAUGAGGAGAAACUAUGUUUGGAAAGCCAGGAAUCAAGUGAAAGAGAACAGAAGGAACUGGAACAAUUAGAGCAAGAAAAGGAGGAGGAAAACCUAAUGAUGGACCAAGGUAGACAAAGCCCAGAGGAGCAGAUUCCAGAAAUUGUAGAAUUACCUGCUUCAAGUGCAGAUCCGCUGGAGAAAUAUAUGAAACUAAUUCAACAGCAGAAGGAAGAAGAACAUCAGGAUAAGUAUUCUUCACAGAGUUCCAAGAAGGAAGUGGGAGAAGAGAGUUCUUUAUUCCAAACACUGUCUGAUGGGAAAACUGGCAGUCCUGCAGCUUCACAUGAAGAGACUGAUGAUACAUUCUGGUGAACUUGCCACAGAACAACAGAUCUUUAAUACAGACCAUCACAGAAUGCAUUUAAGCUACACUCAACAUUUUUUAAAUAAAUUGUUUUAUUGAAAUUUUAUAAAUCUU